AUGCUCCUACCUUACGCUCUGCUUCUCCCCGGACUUUUCUGGUUUUCCGCUGCCGUAUACACACCAAUACGUGAAUAUUCUGGGACGGAUUUCUUCUCAGAGUGGGACUACUAUGGGUACAUUGACAACACGACCUGGGGGAACGUUACAUACGUCGAUGAAAGCACUGGAACGUCGCAGGGACUGACGUAUAUUGAUCCAAACACCGGACAUGCGAUAAUCAAGGUAGAUAAUACGACGAACAUUGCUGCUGCUCCAACGGUUAACAGGAAUUCAGUCAAAAUCACCUCAAAGGACGCCUAUCCCAUUGGUAGUCUCGUCGUAAUUGACGUGUCGCACAUUCCGUAUGGUUGCUCAGUCUGGCCUUCGUUCUGGAUGCUCGGCACCGACCUUCUCUGGCCCCUCGCCGGUGAAAUUGACAUCAUCGAGGCUAUCAACAACCUCGGUUCAAACCAAUACGCCCUCCAUACUACUCCCGGAUGUUACUUGGCGGCAAACUCGGUCCAAACUGGGAAUACCAUCGAAACGGAUUGCUCGACAGGUCAAGGAUGCUUGGUACAAGAAACGAAACCAAACAGCUUCGGAAGCGGGUUCGCACAAGCGGGUGGUGGUGUUUUCGCUACGCAGCUAGAUGUUAGUGGGAUAUAUAUGUGGUUUUGGCCGCGCUCGAGUCUUCCUGUAUCAAUAUUACAAGCUGACAGCGCUUCAACCAUGAACCUGACGGAUUGGGGCACACCUACCGCGUCGUAUCCCGCUAGCGCGUGUAAUAUCACGCAGUACUUCCAACCCCAACAGCUCGUGCUUGAUAUAACUCUUUGUGGCGUAUGGGCAGGCGUGCCGUCUAUCUACAACUCAACAGGAUGUUCAGGUCAAUGUAUCGACAACGUCAUUGGAACCGGAAACCCAAUCUACAACGAGGCAUAUUGGGAUAUUACCUAUAUUCGAACGUACCUCGCCACCACGACUACUACCACCGAUACUGCGGGAAACUCGACAUCAUCUCCUUUUUCAUCGUCGUUAUCAUCUGUUUCCACAUCGGCUUUGACGUUCUCGCCGAGUGUAAGUAGCACCGCUGGGUCCGGUACAAACACCGUUAGUGCUAAUUCAGUGGCGGCGGUCUUCGCCUUUACUGGUCGCUUGACGUGGAUACCUUGGUCAACCGUUCCGAUCUUCUUGUGGUUUGGUGCUUGGAUUCUUUGUUUAUGA